GUCAUAUCAGUCCACCACAUCUCAAAGGAGACAAAAUGAGUCGAGCUGUGAUUUUCCUGGCACUGGCGACCCUCGCUGUGGCCGAGAACGACUUUUCUGAGAAAUACACCUUCACUAAGGUCAUGGCCAGCUGUCUCGGAGAUGAAGUGUACUACGACUAUUUGGCACAAGUAGGCACCGCCCAGAGAGAAUGCCAACAGCUUCCGGUGUCAAGCCUGCACACUGUGGGUUAUUCUGCCUAUCCACAACCUGGAUACCUAAACAGUCAUGCAGGAUAUCCUCCGUACAUUCAACCUUCUCCCCACCAUUCUGGGUAUCCAGGCCCAGUUUUCGGAGUCUCCCAAGGGUAUCCUCAAUACCACGGAAUACCACAGACUUAUUCUCCGCAAGGAGCAGGGCCGUACACCUAUCCUCAGCAACAUGGCGGGCCAAGGAUAUACCCUCAGCAACAAGGAGUACCUCAGAUCUAUCCUCAGCAACAAGGCGGACCGCAGGCAUAUCCUCAUUACUUUGGCACACCAAAUACCUACCCUCAACAUCAUGGACCACACGGUUACCCCCAAAACCAUUACUUACAGAAACGCCAAGCUCAACAACAAGCACCUACAGUACCUACAGUAUCUACAGCAGCUCCGUCAAAGAAGCCUUUCUUCGAUCAGUAUUACCUCCUGGACGCUGUCAACACCAUCACCGCCUCUCUCAGCAACUACACCUGUGUCCUUCAUAAGCUGGGAUUCAUUGACCAAUACCUCAACCUACGAGUGGACAACUACAUUCAGACCUUCAACCGAAAACCAAUUAGCCAAGAACUCAAGAAGGAUUUGGCUGAUGGCGCCACCUACUGCAGGGAUUUCACUUACUGCCUCCCUCUCGAAAGGCUCAAGUCUCCUCUACCCCUGAACCUGCAACGCCUCCUGCUGGCGAUGAAGUGCGAAAAAGAGACCAGGACCGACGCCUGCUUCAAGGAGGACCUCAGGAAGAACAUCCACGAGUUCGACCUCUCUCUCUUCCCCAAGAACGACACUCAGGAGAGCAAACUCAACAAACUCUCCGCCAUCGUCAUGGAGGCAGAUUCACUUGAUGAGCUACAGAUUCUUUGCCUCGUAGCGCUGCUGCUGGGAAGUCUCUUUGAGACUUCAACUAUUACUGAUAAUAACAAUAAACCUCUGGACCUUCAAAUGGCCCGUCAUUUGGGAAGGUUUUAUAUCCAUAUGGAAAAGCAACACAUCUGCAACCUCGCUUCGGUUCAAAAGCCUCUGGUAGCCAUCGAACUCAAGGGCCGCGAGGCUCAUGACGAUUUCCCCUUCCUGGAGAAUUUCAAAACUCACAGAGUUCUGGAAGACUUCAUUGUUGAAGGGAAAGCGGCCCCAAAUAGUGUUCUCGAUAACUUGUUCGGUUACCUGGCAUUGCUGACCGUUGCGGGAGUUUCCUUCUUCGUUACAAGAUGGCUCUUAGGUGAUGGCUCUGAGGAAAAAACUUUUAAAUCUGGUAUGGACAAAUCUGGAUCUCGAGACAGUGGCACUGAAAAUACUGUCUCUGACUAUCAAGGAAAUGUCGGCGCCCAUGAUGGAAGCAUCCAAGUUCACGGGAACAUACGACAGGAGCAAGAAAAGGACAGGAAGAUAGCCGAUCUUCAAGAAACAGUUGAACAUCUCACUCGAAUGUUAGAGGAAAACGCCUCAACGAUGGAGAUGUUGAAAAAGAAGAAGGAUGAAGAAAUCGAUCAGCUACACAAAAAUACUGGGCCACUCUGUAAAAGGACAUAUAAUUCAGCAGGGGAAUACAAUCGACAAGCCUUGGGUGCAAAGAAACGGAGGCCAAAACGCUACAGCAGAGACUCUACUAGUGAUCGCCCUGUCAGUGAAUACGACGAUGAUCAAAAAGUCCCUGAAACGUUUCAGCCUACAAAGAAUGGGCGUAAAAUCUCACCACCUCUCGUUCAAAGAAAUCUGGAAAGGGCCCAGAGAUUCAAGCAGAAAGUUAACGUGAAAACGUUCCUUGUAACGCGCCAUGGAAGACGAUUAGAUCAGGAGGAAGAGGGUAGAACUUUACGAGGAAUUCUCACGCAUUAUGAAGGGUACGUGGAACAGGUUCUGCCCCGCCGAAGAAACAUCCUCGACUGCCUACGAGAUACUCCUCUUACCAUCUCCGGAAAUCAGGAUGCCGUCGAGGUCGGGAGAAAAAUGGCGAUGUCUGGCUACGCUCCCAUUAUUUACUGCUCUCCCGCCUUUCGCUGCGUUCAAACGGCAGACGCUAUCGCUUGGGGAGCAGGCAUCCACAUAUCUAAUUCCUUGCACAUUGAACCUGGCCUUUUCGAACCCUUUAAUUUAGUGCCGCCAUUUAUGACAGUGCAAGAACUGACACGAGAUGGAUAUUAUAAUAUUGCAGCGAACUACCGGCCUUCCAUGGAGGUGGACAGUUUAAAAACUAAUGAAACGCAAGAGGAAUUUCACUGCAGGCAAGGACUGGUGAUGGGACACAUUCUCCGCCACGCAAGCCAAAUGGAGUCCUGGAAACCGCCAUGUGUUCUCAUCGUAGGCCAUGCAUUCACCGUCGGGCCUCUCUUGGUGUCACAAAUUGUCCAGCGCAUCGGACAAACGGUAAGAGCAAGGAAAAUGUAUCGAGCCGUGAUCCUGCUGCCACUGGCGGCUAUCGCCAUGGGCCAAAACGAUUUCUUUGAGAAGUACACAUUCACGAAGGUCAUGGCAAACUGCUUCGGGGAAGACGUGUACUACACCUAUCUAGCACUAGUUAGUGCCGCUCAAAAAGAGUGCCAGCAACUUCCGGUGUCCAGUCUCGGGAGCAUCGGUUACCCACCCUUCGGACAUCAACCUGGAUAUCCCCAGUACAUCCCACCACCUACCAAUAACAUAGGAUACGGUGCGCCACAAGGUUAUCCUCAGUACCCCCAGGUACCCCUAAAUUUCCCACAAUACCCCAAUGUACCACCAACGUACCCAAAACCGCGACCGAUACCACAGGGGGUUCCUCAGUACCACUACGUCCAGAAACGCGACUCUGAAGCCCCUAAAGCCUCUACGCCCUCGGCAGUGACAGUGCCGCCACCAAAGAAGCCUUUCUUCGAUAAAUAUUAUCUCCUGGACGCUGUUAACAAAAUCACCGCAUCCCUCAGCAACUACACUUGCGUCCUCAACCAAAUUGGACUGAUUGACGGAUACCUCAACCUCGAUGUUGACCACUAUGUCACACAAUUCCAGCAUGCGCCAAUCAGCGAAGAGCUGAAGAAAGAUCUCGCUGUUGGCAUUUAUUACUGCAGGGACUUGACUUACUGCCUGCCACUGGAUAGGCUCAAGUCUCCCCUCCCUCUCAACCUCCAACGCCUCUUGAUGGCCAUGAAAUGCGAAAAAGAGAUCAGAACAGAUGCCUGCUUCAAGGAGGACAUCAGGAAAAACAUCGACGACUUCGAUCUGUCACUCUUCCCCAAAGAUGAUACCAAAGAGAGCAAAAUAAACAAACUAUCCGCCAUUGUCAUGGAAGCAGAUUCACUCAACGAGCUGCAAAUUCUCUAAGUAGAGUAUUGCGGAUUCUUUCCAAGCUUCCUUCAGUAUACGGCCCCCUCUACAGAAAAGUGUCCAGCUGAUGUGUCGUCGAGACCAGAAAAUAUACAGCUAAACGUGUAUUCUACCCUGAAGACUAUCACCUAGUCUGGCAACCUAGUCUCGUAUCUAGAAUACGAACACGCCAUUGCCUUCGUAUAUAGUAAAAUAAAUUUUAUAUUUUUGUAUGGCUAUAUAUUACGUGUUUGCAAUCUAAUAGAAAUAUUCUUGUUAUGGUUUCAGAGAAUGCUUGGUGAUUUAAAGUAUUAACCUUGGCAAUAUAUGUUUAUCAGAGCAUUAAAA